GUUGUCGGGGAAAAUGGCGUCAAACGUUGAGGCCCCGGAGCGCUGGUACCUCGCCCUUCUCGGCUUUGCGGAACAUUUCCGAACCUCCAGUCCGCCCAAAAUUCGGCUCUGUGUGCACUGUCUACAGGCAGUGUUCCAGUUUAAGCCUCCACAGAGGAUUGAGGCCCGGACACAUCUUCAGCUGGGUUCGGUCCUCUACCACCACACCAAGAACAGCGAGCUGGCCCGCAGCCACCUGGAGAAAGCGUGGUUUAUAUCUCAGCAAGUCCCUCAGUUUGAAGAUGUCAAAUUUGAAGCUGCCAGCAUUUUAUCGGAACUCUUCUGCCAACAGAAUUUGGUGGACUCUGCAAAACCCCUACUGCGUAAGGCCAUCCAGAUUUCACAACAAACACCUUACUGGCACUGCAGAUUGUUGUUCCAGUUGGCGCAACUUCAUACUCUGGAGAAAGACUUGGUGUCAGCAUGUGACCUGCUGGGGGUUGGAGCUGAGUACGCCAGAGUGGUUGGGUCAGAAUAUACCAGGGCUUUGUUUCUCCUCAGUAAAGGAAUGUUACUGCUAAUGGAGAGGAAGCUCGGGGAGGUGCAUCCUCUGCUCACACUGUGCGGAACUAUUGUAGAAAACUGGCAGGGAAACCCCAUCCAAAAGGAGUCCCUGAGGGUCUUCUUCCUGGUCCUUCAGGUCACACACUACCUGGAUGCUGGACAGGUGAAGAGUGUGAAGCCGUGUCUGAAACAGCUGCAGCAGUGCAUCCAGACCAUUUCUACACUCCAUGAUGAUGAGAUUCUACCCAGCAACCCAGCUGACCUCUUCCACUGGCUGCCCAAGGAGCACAUGUGUGUCCUCGUCUAUUUGGUCACAGUCAUGCACUCCAUGCAAGCAGGUUAUUUGGAGAAAGCCCAAAAGUACACAGACAAGGCUCUAAUGCAACUAGAGAAGCUGAAAAUGUUGGACUGUAGCCCCAUCCUCUCUACCUUUCAAGUCAUUCUACUGGAGCACAUCAUCAUGUGUAGACUCGUCACGGGCCACAAGGCCACUGCAUUACAGGAGAUCUCACAGGUGUGCCAGCUGUGCCAACAGUCCCCCAGGCUAUUCACCAACCACGCUGCUCAGCUUCACACGCUACUAGGUCUCUACUGUAUCUCAGUGAACUGUAUGGAUAAUGCAGAGGCACAGUUUACCACAGCAUUGCGGCUCACCACACAUCAGGAGCUGUGGACAUACAUUGUAACCAACUUAGCCAGUGUCUACAUAAGGGAAGGAAACCGACACCAGGAGCUGUACAGCCUGCUAGAGAGAAUAAACCCAGACCAUAACUUCCCAGUAAGCUCCCAUUGCCUCCGUGCUGCGGCCUUCUAUAUCAGGGGACUCCUUUCCUUCUUUCAAGGACGCUACAAUGAGGCCAAGCGUUUCCUAAGGGAGACCCUGAAGAUGUCUAAUGCUGAGGAUCUGAACAGACUGACUGCCUGCUCCCUGGUUCUGCUGGGCCACAUCUUCUAUGUGCUGGGCAACCACAGAGAAAGCAACAACAUGGUUGUACCUGCCAUGCAACUUGCCAGCAAGAUCCCUGACAUGUCUGUUCAGCUCUGGUCUUCAGCAUUAUUGAAAGACUUGAACAAGGCCCUUGGGAACACCAUGGAUGCCCAUGAAGCAGCUCAGAUGCACCAGAACUUCUCCCAGCAGCUGCUGCAGGACCACAUUGCUGCCUGCAGCCUCCCUGAGCAUAACCUCAUCAGUUGGACUGAUGGCCCUCCUCCUGUCCAGAUCCAAGCCCAGAAUGGCCCAACCACCAGCCUUGCAAGCCUGCUAUGAGAAACCACCUGUCUGACCUAGCAUAUGACGGUAGCUGGUACAUAAUCACAAGCAACAGAUUGAUGCCUAACAACCUGCCGUCAGACCACUGUAGCUCAGAUUUUAGAGGACGUUAACAGGUCACAGAGUUCAGGCCUUCACUUUAUCUCCCUGUCGAGAUUGCUUCCUGAUUGUCUGCUUCACAUUUUUAAUUGUUAUAACACAGUUACUACUGUGUACAUGUAUUUCACGCUCUCUGAUGGCUUGGAUGCUCACAGAGCAUAAUGGCAGGGCCGGACUCUUGAUUAGAGUAGCAAAGGACACAUACCGACGUAUGAACAGGCUUCUCUGCCUCAGGUAAAGAGAAGCCUUCUCUACGUUUGCCUCCUUUCUUUUCCAUUUGUUGGAAAAACAAGACGAUAGAUGGUGGGCAGUAAAGAAAUGUAGAUGAAAUUAAUUUAUUCAUGUUGAUAUUUUUGUAACUGUUGGUAAAUAUUUUACAUCUUGCCUUUUUAUUGGUAUGGAUCCUGUUUUUGUUUUUGUUUUUUUUCCAUGCAUGGAAGUUACUGAUGUGGACUCCUUGUACACUAGUUUCUGACCUGGUUUGCUAACAAUAAUUUCUAGGUAGAUAAUUUUUGCACAAAAUCCACAUCUCUUAACAUAUUAUCACGCAGUAAUCAGUCAAAAGGUUUCAUGACACAAAUUGGCAGUGUAUAUUAUUUUGGGACAGUGCACAAUCCACUGUGUGCAGUUCCUCUAUGGACCAGAAUAUGCCUCUGCGGGGUCUUUUAAUGAACAAUGUUGAAAUACUUGUGAAUUUUGUAUCAUUUGGUGGCUGAUACAGUAGCCUGCAAAAGUAUGGCAACCCGUGGUGAACAUUUCUCUGUGAACAACGAAGGAAAAAGAGGAAAAGAUGACCCAAUUUCCAAAAUUCAUAAAAUUGAAGAUGAUGCAUCUCUUAACUAUUUUGUUUGGCCACCCUGCACAGUCUGCUUUGUGUAGCCAGUGAAGAUUCUUAAGUUCUUGUUUGGGUUUUUUUUUUUUGCGCAUUCUUCCCUCAAAAAGGCGCCUCGUUCUGUGAGAUUCUUUGGCUGUCUUGCAUGCACUGCUCUUUUGAGGUCUGUCCACAGAUUUUCGACAUUGACGGGACAUGAUAAAACCUUCUUUCUUCUAAAAUCUUCAGCUUUUUUUGCAGGCGGUACAACGUUUGCAUCCUGAAUUUGCUGGUAUUCAAGGUUUGAGGAGUCAAACUAUAAAGUUUUUAAAUUUGCCCCACCUGGCCUUUCUGGCUAAUGGUUGUGAACAAGCCAUAGCCCGAGCAAGCGAGUUUAGGUCUGAGACCUUGGCAAAAGUUAUGAGAGCUCAAAUCUCUUGGGGUGCCCAAACUUUCUUGUGCUGCUCCUUUGAUUUUUGUCACUACACUCUGUAGUUGUAUAUAACUGAUUCACUAAUCUUUCUUAAAUGUUGAAGAUAAUGUUUCCUCUUCAACUUUGUGCUCUUUGGAGAUCAGUUCAUCUUCUAUUCUCUUAACUAUUCACAGUAACAAGUAUUGACCAGGGGUGCCAAAUGUUUGCUUACCACUUUAUUAAAUCCCUAUUGACAUUCAUUUUUACAAAUUAUAUUUAGACUUUUGGAUCUUACUGUAUUCUUCAGAUAUUCAAAAAGUGAAUUUAUUUUAUUUUGUUAUAUUUUAAUUUCUCUUGAUAGUUCUACUAAAUGGUUUCUUUACAGGAUGUUUGUAUAGACUUGCCACUUGUUGAACCUUUAUUGUACAGUGACAUUUUAUAAAGUAAAUUUAGAAAAGUGUGACAUGUAUUUUUAGUGAUCCUAUGUAGAAAUCUCAAUGCUUGGUAUUUAAGGCACUCUGUAAGGACACAGUUAAAGCUUGAGUACUAGCCAUAUUCUAUCCAAUGCCUAUGUUUUUGACGCUUACAUUGUUUUCAGUAAUUUUCCAAUAAAAAUACAAUUGAAAUUUUGUAAUUUCAUGAUCAGUUUAUAAAUAUUAUUCUGUUGGA